AUGAAAUCUGGCGAUGCACGCGUAGCUUUAAUAGGUUUUCCUUCUGUCGGAAAGUCAACUUUGUUGAACUCUCUAACCUCAACUCACAGCGAGUGCGCAUCCUAUGAAUUCACAACAUUAACUUGUAUCCCUGGGGUGAUAGAGUACAAUGGAGCUAAUAUUCAGCUGUUGGAUUUACCUGGAAUUAUCGAAGGGGCCUCACAAGGCAAAGGUCGUGGUCGUCAGGUGAUCGCAGUCGCUCGUACAGCUGAUUUGGUCAUUAUCAUGCUAGAUGCCACGAAGCCUGACAUACACAGAACUUUGCUGGAGCGUGAGUUGGAAGCUGUCGGAAUUCGACUGAACAAACGCAAACCGAACAUAUACUUCAAGCAAAAGAAAACUGGAGGACUCAAAAUAACCUCCAUGGUUCCUUUGACGCGGAUAAAUGAGAAGAUGACUCAGAUGAUUUUGCAGGAGUAUAAAAUAUUCAAUGCUGAGGUAAUAUUCCGCGAGGACUGCACGCCCGAUGAGUUUAUAGAUGUUGUGUCUGGGAACCGCGUUUACAUGGGCUGCCUUUAUGUAGGUUGUCCGGUUACUCCUCAUUCUCCUCAGGUAUAUAAUAAGAUUGAUCAAAUAUCACUUCAAGAAGUGGACCGAUUGGCACGAGAACCACAUUCUGUCGUUGUCAGUUGCAAUCUCAAGUUGAAUCUGGACUACCUGCUUGAGAAACUCUGGGAACAUUUGGACCUCAUACAAGUUUACACCAAAAAGCGUGGCGGUAAGUCCCAGUUCCUGUUUCACAUGGCUAAUACGUCCCUCCACAGAACGACCGGAUUUAGAAGAAGGACUUAUAUUGAGGAACGGCGCAACGGUCGAGCAUGUGGUAAGCACGUUCAGUCGCAGUUGUUAAAUCUGCAUCCUUAGUGUCACAUGAUCCAUCGGUCGUUGGUAUCCCAAUUCAAGUGUGCACUUGUUUGGGGCUCAAGCGUCAAGUUCAGUCCGCAGCACGUGGGUCUAAAUCACGUCAUGCACCAUCACGAUGUUAUUCAAGUGAUUAAAAAAUGAGGACCCUUCUCCACUGUUCCUUCUUCGACUGCUUUCCGAUACCAAUGGCUUUCAUAUAGUUCAAUAAAACGGCA